GGAACCGGAAGGGUUGCUAGGGUGAAAGAUGGCCGGCGCUGUGCUUUUAGCUGCUGUGUUGUGGGCCAGCGCCUGGACUGGGCAGUGUGCCGAGCCGCCUGGGGGUGAUUCUUUCAGAGAGGAGCUGCUCCUCACACCGCUGCGCUCUGGUGACAUCGCCGCCACCUUUCAGUUUCGGACCCGCCUGGAUUCCGACCUGAGGAAGGAGAAAGUCUCUCACUACAGGAUCUUCCCUAAAGUGCUGGGCCAGCUGAUCUCAAAGUACUCCAUUCAGGAACUGCACCUCUCCUUCACCCAGGGAUUUUGGCGUACAAAGUCAUGGGGCCCCCCUCUCCUGCAGGCCCCUACUGGAGCAGAACUCUGGGUCUGGUUUCAGGACUCCGUCACUGAUGUUAAUAAAAAUUGGAAAGAGCUCAGCAACAUCUUAUCUGGGAUUUUCUGUGCCUCUCUGAACUUCAUCGACUCUACCAACACAGUUACUCCGACCGCAUCCUUCAAGCCCCUUGGAGUGGCCAACAUUACAGAUCAUCGCCUGCUUAGAUAUGCUACCCUUCCCAGAGAGAUAGUUUGCACAGAAAAUCUAACUCCAUGGAAGAAACUGCUGCCUUGUGGGUCCAAGGCCGGCCUGGCAUCUCUUCUGAAAGCUGAGCGCUUGUAUCACAGCAGUUACCACUCCCAGUCUGUGCACAUAAGGCCAAUUUGCCAAAAUGCAGAUUGUUCGAGUGUCUCCUGGGAGUUGAGGCAAGCCCUCACUGUAGUGUUCGAUAUGUAUUCCAGUGGGCUGGGAAAACGAGAUUGGUCUAUUUUUAAAAUGUUUUCGCGUACUGUAACCGAGGCGUGUCCUCUUGCAUCACAAAGUAAAAUCUACGUUGACACUUCUGGCUGGGGAAAGGAAGUUGAUCUUUUUGAGCUGAACCCUGCUACAUCUUUGGAAAGACAGGUGGUGGUUCACGGAGACCGCAGAGUGUAUGCUGAAUAUGACCUUUCACAGCAGGGCGUUUUCUCCACAUCUAGGAAUCUAAAUGUAGCCCUUAAGUGGAAAGGACGGACCACCGAGUCAGGCCAGCUACAGCCUCCCCUCUUCCAUGCCCAACGAUAUGUGAGUGGAUAUGGGCUGCAGACUGGAGUGAUCAAUACUAUGGUAUUUAACAAUCACCCGUACAGAGCCUACCCUGUUAUGCUGCUGGAAACUGUGCCUUGGUACCUCCGCCUGUAUGUGCACACAUUGACCAUCACCACCAAGGGCAAGGAGAACAAGCCCAGCUACAUCCAUUAUGAGCCAGCGAAGGAUCGUCAGCGCCCACACUUGUUAGAGAUGCUGAUACAGCUGCCUCCGAACUCUGUUACUAAAAUCAGCAUCCAGUUUGAGAGGGCGCUGCUGAAAUGGACAGAAUACCCCCCUGAUCCUAACCAUGGCUUCUACAUCAGUCCCUCAGUUCUGAGCGUGCUCAUUCCCAGCGUUAUCAACCAAAAGACAGAUGAGCUGGAGGAAAGCACUCUCUUCAGCACUCUGUUUCCAUCAUCAGAUGGUUCUAGCUACUUCAUGCGUCUGUACACAGAACCCUUGCUGGUUAACCUUCCCACUCCAGACUUCAGCAUGCCCUACAAUGUCAUCUGCCUAACUUGCACUGUGGUGGCCGUGGGCUAUGGCUCCUUCUACAAUCUGCUCACCAGGACAUUUCAGGUUGAAGAUAGAAAAGGUGGUGGCCUGGCCAAGACUUUAGCCAAUAUCAUCCGCAGGUUGCGUGGGGUACCGCCUUUAUAAGAGGAUUUGUGUUCAGGACCCUUAAGCAUUGAAGGUUUGAGGACCCUUAAGCAUGAAGGGUUAAAUAGCAACUCCUGUUUGUGGUGGCAGAAGAGAAUGCUGGGAAAGGAACAGAGCUCGACUCUGCAGUUUUGUUACUACCAGUGCACUGUACCUUUAAUAAAUAAUAGCAGUAACACAAUUGCACAGUUGAGCUUUUCUUUCAUAGGAAUUACUGCACUGCAGGGAACUGGAAUAUUUCUGUCAUGCUUCAGGUAUGGAGGAAUUAAAACAGAAGAGUAAUGAUUAUAAUGGGGAAAUGUGAAGGAAACCAAUUUUACUGCCUUGUCUCUUAGAUACGAAGAGCUGAAAGUUUGCUUGACUGCAAUGUACACCUGAUACAUCAUUCAGGGUUUGGGGUAACUUAUGUUUGUUUGCUUUUGUUUUUUUUUUGUUAAUAAAAGUUUAACUUGGUUCAUUUUGUUA